CACGCUUUGUAUGACGUAACGUGGAGUAUCAACACGACCCUAGCUGUUAGAAUAGAAAAGUCCGCGGGAUUUUAAAAAGAAGAGCAACAAUUCUGUGAUCUAUACACAUUUAUCCGACCUAACGCGUUUCGCUUUGCCAUGUCGGUAAACUAUGCCGCCGGAUUAUCUCCAUACGCGGAUAAAGGCAUCUGCGGGCUUCCUGAGGUAUUUGAUACGCCUGAGGAGGUAAAAGCUAAGGUGGAGACGCUGGCUCAGUUGAUCAGAGAUUCGCAGUACAUGGUGGUGCAUUCAGGGGCAGGAAUCAGCACUUCUUCAGGCAUUCCUGACUUCAGAGGUCCUAAAGGCGUGUGGACAAUGGAGCAGAAGGGAGAGACGCCUCACUUUGACACUACAUUCGAGGAUGCAAAGCCCAGUCUGACUCAUUUGGCCCUGCUGCAGCUGCAGAGAGCCGGCUACCUCAAAUACCUCAUCAGCCAGAAUGUGGAUGGACUGCACCUGCGCUCUGGCUUCCCCAGGGAUCGAUUGUCAGAGCUUCACGGAAACAUGUUUGUUGAAGAAUGUGAGAAAUGUGGGAAGCAGUAUGUGCGUGACACAGUAAUUGGGGUGAUGGGUCUGAAGCCCACCGGGCGAUACUGCGAAGUGACCCGUUCCAGAGGACUCAGAGCUUGCAGAGGGAAGCUGAUCAGCACCAUCCUGGACUGGGAGGACUCUUUGCCUGACAGGGAUCUGAACAGGGCUGAUGAAGCGAGCAGGCGGGCUGACCUGGCCCUAACAUUGGGUACAUCUCUGCAAAUUAAGCCGAGCGGCGAUCUGCCUCUUUUGACCAAACGUACCGGAGGCAAGGUGGUGAUCGUCAAUCUGCAGCCAACUAAACAUGACAAGCAUGCCCACCUGCAUAUCCAUGGCUACGUCGACGAGGUCAUGAGUCAAAUGAUGAAGCUGCUAGGGUUGGAGAUUCCGGAUUGGGCGGGACCAACACUAUGUGAAAACUCGGGAGGUGAUGCAGACAUUCUACCUUAUGGCGCUUGGAAGAAGGAAGUAAAGAUAGAGCUGAAAAUAGAGGAGAAGAAAGACCUUGGGCUGAAGAAGAAGAGGACGAAUAACAAAAAUGCAGAGAUUACUGAGAAGGGAGUCAAAAAAGAGGAAGAAGAGGACACGAAAUGUGAGCAGGAGGCCUUGAUUGACAGUAGGUUUGAGCCAGUUACAACAGAGAACGUCAAUAGCUCAUCACAGAAUUCUCUUUGCUCCUCUACACUGGACGAUACGGACACAUGUGAAGCUAAAAAGCCACGGACUGACCCUCCUUCCUCCUAGACCUAGACACCUUAGGAGGUUCAAAUCGCAAAGACCAGCAAUACAGCAAUCUCAGGCAGACUCCUAUACACCACAUAGAUCCAGUUGUACUGAACCUCCUCUAGGCAGCCAGUAGACCUCUUUCUGUUGUCUUGCUGAAGACUGGAGUCUCGUCUUGAAGCCGUUUGUAGUAAGGGUGGGCGAUAGGGCAAAAAACGUAACAACGAUAUUGCAAUAUUUAUUUUUUCUGACAUUUGCAGACAGGUUGGACUGCAGCAGGAAAGCAGCAGUGUCGUGUUUAGAAAAGACUAGAAAUUUGACAAAUUAAGCUAUGAUGUAAAAGAAAAAAAUGGUAAAAAUGAAUAAAGACAAAGGCAUAAUGAGCAGACAUCCAAUCAGCUACCUGUUGUUAUGCUGUUUAUGCAGUUGCUAUGAACUGGUGGUUGUCGUUUACAGGCUCUCUAUAAUUUGUCUUUAUGAUGCAUACAGUUGUUCAUGGUUCUAGAAACGCUGAUGCAACUCAAAUGCCUAUUGUAACAUUGUUUAUCAUGAUAAUGUUUUCAUAUUGCCCACCCUUAUUGUGUGGUGCAGUAAAAUAUUAGAACAGACUGAUAUGCCUUUGGCAUCUGCUGCUGGUGUCUGUAAAGACAUGGCUAUUACCAGAAGUGGGAGGACAUUGAAGCCAUUGGAAAUGAACUACACUGAAAAAAAGUGGUGCUUUGUGUUUACUUGGAGGUUCCUUCCUUUUAGCAAGAACUAUGUUAAUGUAAUAAUAAAUAUACACACACACUCACUCACUCACCUGCCAGUUUAUUAGGUACUACUAAUGCUAGUAAAAGGCUGGACACACUUUUGCCUUCAGAACUGCCUUAAUUCUUCAAGGCAUACUUUCAACAAGGUGUUGGAAACAUUCCUCAGAGAUUUUGGUCCAUAUUGACAUGAUAGCAUCACGCAGUUGCUGCAGAUUUGUCAGCUGCGCAUCUAUGCGAAUCUUCUGUUCCACCACAUCCCAAAGGUGCUGUAUUGGAUUGAGAUCUGGUGACUGUGGAGGCCACUGGAGUACAGUGAAGUCAUUGUCAUGUUCAAGAAACCAGUUUGAGAUGAUAUGAGCUUUGUG